AUGAAACCAGGUAUCGUCAAAAAAUUUGAUCUGAUGCCGAUUCAGAAGAAAGCAGUCAAAUUGGUUGAGAAGCUUAAAAAGGACCAAACUCAAAGUGGGCCUCAUACGGGCAUAUUUGUGAUGCCAUGGCUGGCAAAGUUUACGCAGGACGUGAUGUCCCUCUGCUUUUUCAGCCUAGACUUGCAGGCACUUGAUGAGCCGUUAGUAUCCUAUGAGCGACUAUUGUCCGAAAUUAUUCCCUCGAUGUUCAACCGCUGGUACAUGUACUUCCCAAUCUUGGAUAAAGUUGGCCGGUUUCUGGAACCCCGAAAAUCGGCAUUUAAAAACAUCGAAAACUUCGACCGCCUGCUUGAUGGUGUUAUGAGUCACGCGAGUCGCAAUCCUGAAAAGCAGUCUGAUGUCGUGUCCUUUCGGUUGAAACAGGCGUUAGACUCUGGUCAAAUCAACCUCGACCAAUACCAAGCCAAUCUGAGGAUGAUGUUCAUGGUCGGUCAUGACAAUACAGAGUUUCUCCUGACCUCUGCCAUGUGGGAGCUAGGAAAAAGAACCGACGUACAAGAUCGCAUUCGUAAUGAAGCUUCAGGGAUUCCUCACACAGGCAGCGGUGUCGAAAUUAUGAGCAGUCUUCCAUACCUCACAUCCGUCAUAUACGAACUACUACGCCUAUAUGCGCCAGUUGCAUCAAUGAUAAACCAUUCAGUAUCUCAGCCAGGGUAUCUCGGGGGUAAAAUAUUCGUCCAGCCCGGUCCUUAUAUCGGAUGGAACUCAUACGCAAUUCACACAAACCCUCACUUCUGGGGUCCAGAUGCACAUAAGUUCAAGCCCGAGCGAUGGGGCUCUACAAUAUCAGAGAUUCAAACAAAUGUACGACGACAUACCGCCAAGGGAAAUUACAUUCCUUUCAGCAUGCAUUCGAGAAAAUGUUUGGGGCAGGGGCUGGCUCUAUCAGAAACCAAAAUAGCUCUAUUUGAGCUUGCGAAGCGUAUAAAGUGGACAGUAGAUCCUACAUACCAGUUGAAAAUGAGUGGGGUGAGCUGA